CAGCCAUGGCACCCGUGAAAUCUACCCGUGCCUUGCUGGGUCAGCGGCCCACCGUGCUGCUACCACCCUCCAACUAUGUCGAGCCCAGCGAGGAGGAUCUCCAGGCUCCCUCCAGCCAGCUACAGCUGGACUGGGCCUAUGGCUACAAUGGCCAGGCCGUUGGAGCUGUGCACUGGAUCUCUGACGAAGAGUUUGUCUUUUCAGUGGCAGCCGUGGCGGUGGUUCAAUGCCUGCACCCUGCAGAGAUUCUUCGUGGGGCACAGCCAAAGGAUCACAUGCCUCAGCUACUGCAGCGCCUGGAAGCUCUGUGCUUCGGGGCAGAUCGAUCCCAAAGGGGGCCAAGGUCCUUUCAUUUGCCUUUGGCGACCUGCAGACUGCAUCCUGCUCACCGUCUUGGUCUGCCCCCUACAUGAGGAUCAGAUCACCUCGUUGUGCUUCAGCCCGGAUGGCAACCAGCUCUUCAGCCUGGCGCGGGACUCGGCCAACACCUUGGCCAUGUGGGAGAGCUUCCUUCCAGGGAAGACGCCCUGUGGCAUCACCAGUGCGGGCAUGGAGCUGCCCCACGUCUACCGGAAACCCGUGGCCAAGGUGGCCACCGGGAAAGUGGGUGGUUUCGGCAUGGUCGGCAGCAAAGAUGCAGCGAACUUCCAGGUGGCCAUCUUUGAUGCAGGCAAGACUGGCAUCGGGCUGCUCCUGAAGUUCGUCCAUGUGGUCAAUGGGUCGGAGCUCCUGGGGCGGUCCGCCAUUUUUCCUCCCAGCAGUGCUCCACGACAUGUGCUGAACUGCGCAUGGAUGGAUGGAGAGUGCCUGGCCUGCGGCGACAAUGGCUACCUCUAUAUGUUUCAGG